AUGGAGGCGGCUGAUGUGCAGCAUCGAAUUCUGAGCUUCACCCGCGCAGCGGAUUUCAGGGCAUGGUACGGUGCUUGCUGGUGUACCAGGCAAAUCACUGGCAAUUUCGCUGCUGAUGUGCUGCGUGCGCCGUGGUGGUUGAUAGACCAGACCGGGGAGGAUGUCAUCCUACAGGUCUUCGGCUUCUGCUCCUCUGCUUCUCAGCUGCGCCUGGCCAGCUUGGGCCGCGGCUGGCGCCGCGCAUCCCAGAGAAGGGAGGCUUGGCGUCACCUUCGACUCAGCUUCGGGUGGGGCCGUGACGUGGAGCUGCGCUGUCUCCUGCGAGCUCUGCAGCACUUCGCACGACAUUACGGCAUCAGCGUGCUUCCGGAGCGGGAGGUGUCCAAGCCAGGAAGUCCAAAGGGGAACCUGCCACGCACGCCGCCCUCCACGCCAACGGAGCUGAAGAAGCCGAUGUUGCCGGCAUGCGAAGGUUCAGGUAUCCAGCCGUCUCAGCAGCCGUCAUCGCAGCUGGUCUUCCGAAGGCACGGUGUGGAGGCACAAGCCGGCGAGGAUGGGCCAAUGAAGGAGUUGUGGCUGCUUGAGCCCGAUCGGGCCAACAACGGGGCGCGCCGGACGCUCCUCCGUGCGGUCAUGCAGGAGCCGAAGAUGUUGGCCGGCCGUGCCGUCCUGGAGCUGGACUCAGGUGCUGGGAUGGUUGGACUGGUAGCAGCACAUCUGUGUCGGACCAUGACCCUGACGGCUGCAGAUGAGUUGGGAUGCCGGCUGUUGCGCUUCAACGCCCAAAGCCUUCACACUGCCGCGAAUGCUUCCGGAAGGACCAAAAGCUGUCAGGCCGCCUCGGUCCGCGGCAUCACUGGACGACAGGUUCCUGUCUACGUCUACUCCAUGCCUCAUUCGACCUCGGGGGCCGGUGAGCUCGCACGGCAAUGGCAGUGGGAUAGCGGCACAGCAAUGCGAAGCAUGCGCCCUUCACUGGUGGCGCCACAGUUUGAUGUGAUGCUGCAUGCUGGUCGGAUCGCCCCAGAGGUUCUUGCACUUGGAGAUGCGCUGAGACUUCCGAUGUUUUUGCAGAGUUUGCAAAGCGCCGUGGCCCGAGCCGGUAAGGCAUUGCUGGAGCUUAGCUGCGAGCUGCUGACGUUGGGAGGUUCCCUCCUCGCGGUGGGAAACGUCGUCGAUGGCACCGAUCUCGCGGAGCUGGUGCACACUUCAAGACAGGCGAAACUCUUCAGCGUCGAGAGAGACGAGGUGCUCCGCGACGAGACUGAGGGCUACUUCCGGCUUCUGCAGCUGCGGAGGCGACGCUGA